CUGUCCAACGUUCACUUGGCCCCAGCCGUCGCAGCAGCAAGUCGCCGCCACCAGACACUCCUUGCCUCAGCAUAUUACACAAUGGCUCCCAUCGCCGGCAAAUACACUCUCGACUCCUCUGAGAACUUCGAUGAAUUCAUGAAGGCUCUCGGAGUAGGUAUGAUGUUACGUAAGCUGGGUCAGACAAGCAAGCCCACGGUGGAGCUGACGGAGAAGGACGGUGAAUGGAAUAUGAAGACCAGCACCGCCAUGAAGACCACAGAGAUCAAGUUUAAGAUUGGACAAGAGAUCGAUGAGUCCACCUUCGACGGCCGCGAGUGUAAGACAGUGUUCUCGAUGGACGGUGACAAGCUGGUGCAAGUGCAGACCGCGACCAAAGGCAAGAGUGCCAAGUACACCAGAGAGUUCACCGACACUCACAUGAUUAUGUUGUCAGAGUGUGAUGGCGUGGUCUCCAAGCGUACCUACAAGCGCCAGUAAUAUCAACAUUUCCAGUUACAGCAGCAGCGUCAGUGGCAACACAACCUCAAAUCCACAAUCCCUCGCCAAAAGUCCUCAAUUUCUCAGGUGCCCACCCGCUAUCCACAUCCAUCAUCCCUCCUCAUGAUCAAUGCCUCACUUCCCUAGAGCCCUGACUCCUGUGUCCUUACUUAUUAUGAAUAUUUGUAGACAUUUUCAUUUAAGGUCAUUAACCUUGUGCUGACUAAGCCACUCGACUUUUAAACUCAUAUCAUUAUAGGCUAAGAAAACCCAGAAAUGUCCUAAGCCUAAUGAUACACCCAUUCCUAUGACACAUAAAACUUAGUAGAGUACUGUAUGUAAUUGUAAGUCUUCAAUGACACUCUUCUGUAUGUCUUCUUUUUACAUAAUAAAUAUUCUGGUAAGUCAACAGGAUCCUUUUUUUUUAAUAUGUAUAAUUUUUUUACAAGAACCGUAUGACAGUCUAAAUACUAAGAAAGGUUGCCAGCAUGGAACACGCUAGUCAAAUAUGUUCUUUUUGUGCAUUUUUGAUUGUGAAUAAAGUUUUGAACUAA